AUGACCAUCAACAACCUGAUAAUCUCCGUCUACACCAUCACCCUGACCAUGGGCGUGCCGGCCAACAUCCUGGCCUUCUAUACCUUCUGCCGCAAGGUCCGCCGCAAUCCCACGGCCAUCGACGUCCUCCUCCUCAGCCUCACCAUCUCAGACCUCAUCUUUCUCACCCUCCUGCCCAUAAAGAUAAAGGAGGCCCUGGACCAAAUGACCUGGAACAUGCCCCCCUUCCUGUGCCCCAUCACCAGCUUCCUGUUCUACACCACCAUAUACAACAGCACCCUGCUGCUGACGGCGGUCAGCAUGGAGCGCUACUUGGGCGUGGCCUUCCCCAUCAUGUAUUCGCGGUGCCGCCGGCCGCGCUACGCCGUCAUUGCCAGCGUCCUCUCCUGGGUGGUGUGCUCCCUCAACCUUGUGUUCGUGUACAUCGUGCCCAACCGCAACGCGUUUGCCAGCAACAACGGCUCGGACCUCACCACGCGCCAGUGCUACAUGAACUUCAGCGUGCAAGAGCUGGAAAUACUGAUGCGCGUGCGCCUGGAGCUAUUCUUUGUCCUCUUCUGCGCGCCCUUCUUCGUCUCCUGCUUCUGCUACGUCAACUUCAUCCGCAUCCUCUCCCGCCUGCCGCACAUCAGCCGGCGGCGGCGGCUCCGCGCUAUAGGCCUGGCCGUGGGCACCCUGAUGGUGUUUGCCUUCGCCUUCGGUCCCUACAACUUCUCCCACGUGGUGGGCUUCGCCCGCAAGGAGGACGAGUGCUGGAGGCAAGUGGCGCUGCUCGCCAGUACCUUAAACUCCUGCCUCGACCCCAUCAUCUUCUACAUGACCUCCUCGGAUGUCCGCAGCAUACUUCGUGGCGUCCUGCACAACAUCAUGGCCAAGCUGCACCUCCUCCGCUGUGGAGGUACCGACUUCCUGACUUUUGUCCUUUCGGCCGGGGUUCCUGCCGCUUCGGAUGUGUGA